ACGCGCGCACACACACACACAGAGCUCCAUCCUCUCGCUUCCGUAGUGCAAGAAGUAACGAAUGUCUUCGUCAACCAAAAACCCAGAAACUAAGAAAACUGUAUCCAUCAGAUUCAACACAACCCUAUCUAUCUCUCCCUCCUCCGAUGAUAUCAAUCCAAACUCGACAACAACACCUUCAAGAUUACCAUGAUCGCUCCUACAAUCUCCAAAUUCAAUCUCUCUCUUCUCGUCUUAAUCAUCUCGAUCUCUCUUAUCCAUUUCAAACCCUCCCUUUACCGAACCCAGUUCUCACCUUCCCAAAACCAAACCCUAACCCUAAACGUACCACAAGAAAGAUCCGAAUCUCACAAUCACCAAGAACAAUACCAACAAAUUACUCGCAAGAACUAUAUCGUUCGAUUUCGCGACUACAAGAGAGCUGAAGAUCAUUGGAAGUAUCUCGAGGAGAGCGUGAAAUUGGGGGGUUGGGAAUGGGUCGAGAGGCGGAACCCGGCGGCCAAGUUUCCCACGGAUUUCGGGGUUGUGGCGAUUGAGGAAUCGGCUCAAGCGGUGCUGAUUGAGGAUUUUGGGAAAUUGGAGCUUGUGAAGGAUGUUUGGGUUGAUUUGAGCUAUCAAAGGAGCUUGCUUGGGAAGAAAAGCAAGAGGGUUGGGAAAGUCGGGGCGUUUGUGAAUGGGAAGAAGCGGCCCGGGAAGAUUUUCACGGCAAUGUCGUUCAGCGAAGGUGAAAAAGGAAAAAAUUACGCCUCCGCCGCGACUGGUAAUGCGAGUAUUAGCUGGAAUCGCCAUCUCUUGAUGCAGAAAUCGCAAGUUACAUCCUUGUUUGGUGCGGAUGUGCUUUGGUCAAAAGGGUAUACUGGUGCAAAAGUCAAAAUGGCAAUAUUUGACACUGGUAUUCGAUCAAAUCACCCGCAUUUUCGUAAUAUCAAGGAGCGGACAAAUUGGACCAACGAGGAUACCCUAAAUGACAAUCUUGGGCAUGGAACUUUUGUCGCUGGAGUUAUUGCUGGUGAAGAUUCAGAGUGUCUCGGUUUUGCACCAGACACAGAGAUUUAUGCAUUUCGUGUGUUUACAGAUGCACAGGUAUCAUACACAUCAUGGUUCCUUGAUGCCUUCAAUUAUGCAAUUGCAACCAAUAUGGAUGUGCUGAAUUUAAGUAUAGGUGGACCUGAUUACUUGGAUCUCCCAUUUGUGGAGAAGGUCUGGGAACUGACAGCAAAUAAUAUUAUCAUGGUUUCGGCAAUUGGAAAUGAUGGACCACUUUAUGGUACUCUAAACAAUCCAGCAGAUCAAAGUGAUGUUAUUGGUGUCGGUGGCAUUGAUUACAGUGAUCACGUAGCCUCAUUCUCCUCGCGGGGCAUGAGUACUUGGGAGAUUCCUCAUGGCUAUGGGCGUGUGAAGCCAGAUGUUGUUGCGUAUGGUCGGGAAAUUAUGGGAUCUAAGAUCAGUACAGGUUGUAAAAGUUUAUCUGGUACUAGUGUGGCAAGUCCGGUUGUUGCUGGUGUGGUAUGCCUUCUUGUUAGUGUCAUUCCUGAAGGAAAUCGAAAAGACAUUUUAAAUCCAGCAAGCAUGAAGCAAGCACUGGUUGAGGGGGCUGCGAAGCUUUCUGGUCCCAAUAUGUAUGAGCAGGGUGCUGGCAGAGUUGAUCUGUUAGAAUCGUAUGAAAUCCUGAAAAGCUACAAACCUCGAGCAACCAUCUUCCCAAGUAUUCUCGAUUAUACCGAUUGCCCUUAUUCCUGGCCCUUUUGCCGUCAACCACUCUAUGCAGGUGCCAUGCCUGUUAUCUUCAAUGCUACCAUUCUGAACGGGAUGGGUGUAAUUGGCUAUGUUGAAAGUCCACCAACAUGGCAUCCUUCAGACGAGGAAGGAAAUCUUCUGAGCGUUCACUUCACCUAUUCAGAAGUCAUUUGGCCAUGGACCGGUUAUCUAGCUCUGCACAUGCAAAUUAAAGAUGAAGGAGCUCAGUUUUCCGGACAGAUUGAAGGCAACAUAACUCUUAAUGUAUACAGCCCUCCAGCCCGAGGAGAGAAGGGUCGUCGAAAUAGCACCUGUGUGCUUCACUUGAAAUUAAAAGUGGUUCCAACUCCUCCAAGAUCAAAUCGGGUUCUGUGGGAUCAAUUUCACAGUAUUAAAUACCCACCUGGUUAUAUUCCAAGAGACUCAUUGGAUGUUCGGAACGACAUUCUUGACUGGCAUGGUGAUCAUCUGCACACAAAUUUUCACAUUAUGUACAACAUGUUGAGAGAUGCUGGAUACUAUGUUGAAGCUCUCGGUUCACCUUUUACAUGCUUUGAUGCCCACCAGUACGGGACACUUCUGCUAGUGGAUCUUGAAGAAGAAUACUUCGCUGAAGAGAUUAAAAAGCUGAGGGAUGAUGUCAUUAACACUGGACUAGGUCUGGUUGUGUUUGCUGAGUGGUAUAAUGUGGACACGAUGGUGAAGAUGAGGUUCUUUGAUGAUAACACAAGGAGCUGGUGGACCCCGGUCACUGGAGGUGCGAAUAUUCCUGCAUUGAAUGAUCUUUUGUCACCAUUUGGGAUAGCAUUCGGAGAUAAGAUUCUGAAUGGUGAUUUUUCUAUCAACGGUGAGCAGAGCCGAUAUGCAUCUGGAACUGAUAUUGUGAAGUUCCCGAGUGGUGGGUAUGUGCAUAGAUUCCCUUUCCUAGAUAGUUCAGAGAGUGGGGCCACUCAAAACAUCCUAAGCUCUGGCAUGACUAAGGAAGACUCCCCUAUACUUGGUCUUCUUGCAAUGGGUGGGGUUCGAAUUGCCGUGUACGGAGACUCCAACUGUCUGGACAGCAGCCAUAUGGUUACCAAUUGUUAUUGGCUUUUGAGGAAAAUAUUAGAUUUCACAAGCAAGAAUAUCAAAGAUCCACUGCUCUUCUCUGAUUCAGUUAGACACGAUAAACCCUUGUACCUAGACGACAAUCAAUUACCUUCACGCAGAACUGAUAUAAAUUUUUCUACGUAUUCUGCGGUUGUCGGAAAGGAAUUGAUCUGCAGAAGUGACUCCAGGUUUGAAGUAUGGGGCACUAAGGGCUACGGUUUACAGGUCAGAGGAAGAAACCGCAGAUUGCCAGGCUAUCAGGUUAUUGAUUUUGGUGGAGGUUUGAACUCUACUACAGAGAAUUUUAAUACGAAGAGGUCCAACUCAACUGAGAAGAAUAAGGACGAAUCGUUGGGAAACAAGUACUUGGGUUCACUCUACAGAGAUGAUCCUGAUAUGCCCAUGGAAGUUGCUAGUCAUUGGCUUAUACCCGCUAUUGUCACUGUUUCUGGUCUCUUGCUUUUAUUGAGCUUUUGGCGAAUUCGGCAGAAGCGACGCCGGCGGAGGAAAGGAUCCAGCUCUGGCCGUUAUGCCAAUUUAUAGCCGUGGAUGAAUUUGGAGGUAGCUGACCCCUCAUCUCUUGUACUAUCACAAAGUGCAGAAGUACAUUGUUACACAGGCUCAAAAGUUUGGCUCCAGCAUCAUCGCGGGAAUGAAUUUUGUAUUCAUAAUAUAGAUUUGUAUAAUCUUUUGUUGUUUCAAAUUCUUUUCAAUGGCAGAAAUAGAAAGUAAUGAGAUCAAGUUCAGGCAACACCGGCUUCCUGAAUCGAUUAGAUGAGAAAGCGUUUCUCUUCCAUGUGCAGAAACAAAGCUUUAGAUUCUCGGGUUUGGCAUUGGAAAGUGAAAAGAGAUAACUUCAUGCUAAGGUUAGGUUUUGGUAAGAUGUACUUUCACUUUUAAUUGAAGCUUAUAUCCAGAGGCCUUUUACAUUGUACAUCUCAAAUUUUCAACCAAAUUUGUAAUUGCUAAGAUGGGAAGCAACGAAUUUUAGGGUCUUAAAGAAAAGCAACAUUAUGGGUAUCAACUUUCAACGCGAAGGUUACAAAGAUUGACAGAAAUUUAGGGUGUUCCAUGGAGUAUUUUCCUACCUUGUAUUUGGAGUUACCAUUGGGAGAAAAUCCUAGAGCGGGGCCUUUUUGGACUCUAGAAAAGAUUGGUAAGAGGUUAGAGGAUUGGAAACGAGUGUUAUUUUUUAGAGAUGGCAAUUAUAUUUAACCAAAGUCAGUUUAGAGAAACAUUCUAAUUUAUUAUUUAGCUUUAUUCUUGUGAGAUUGGUGUUUUUUAUGCAAAAUUUUGAAUUAUUUGGUUGGA